CAAAAACUGCUGAGUUUCCAAAAUAGAAGAACAAGAGGAGAUUUUAUCUUCACCUAGGUACCAAACACUCCACAACAACAGUGAAAUAGUUAGAGAGCUCUAUGCUUUAAACACAGGCCAGAGACAACGGGGUCACAGUCUCCAACUCGGUCUCCAACUUAAGAAAGAAAACUAUUCCACAGUGUGUAGGGAGGACUUUCUACAAGAGUCUUGAAUGAAGAGUCUGAAAUCAACUCCCAGCUGAAACAGUGCUUCUUCAGUGACGAUAUUCAAGAAAAAAGACGAUCUUAGAAAGUACCUACCUACCUAUGGCAAGCAAAAAUAGAGGAAAGUUGAGGACCAACAGAAAAAAGUUAAAUAAUGUGAUUGAAGGAAAUACUUACUAAAUAAUAACUGAGAAAUAAGUAAUGACAAAAUUGUCAGGAACAAAUUUAAAAACAAACAAAAAGAACUAAUACAUUUAAUAAUAUGAAUGUUCUAUAAAAUCUUGAUCCAAAGAUCCCAACCGAUAUCUAUCAACAUCUUAUGCAGUGAAUACUAAUUGAAAGGAAGUCGUAAACCAUGUUUAGCAGCAAGCAAAUGACAUCCAACAACCAAGAAUAAUAAACAAACAUGUAACGAAUUUAUUUAUUAUUCAGAAACAAAACCAACUGGAAAAAUAUUUAUUAAAAUAAUUACAACAAAUAAUAAUGUUCAUUGCAGGGUUCAUUGUUCCUAUUUAGUUAACUCUGCUUGAAAUUAAACUACUAUUGUCAAGACAAUCAAAUGAAAGCGCCUACUCACUUUGUGGUGAUAAUAAAUUGUGUAAAUUUGAACAAGACUUUAAGUAUGCUUCUUAGGCAUUAUUUAUUUUAAUUCCAAUGUUAUUUACUGUAUAAAUGCCUUAUGGCCAAUGUAUAGGUACAUUCAAAUCUUAAUUUUAUUAUCUAUUAAUGCUUAUCUUAAAUUGUGAUUGUAUAAAUUAGCAUUGAAACAAAAAUUCAAAUGUCAUUAGGAGUCUUUUCUUUGUAUGAGUGAGGUGUGUGCUUGAAAUAGGACCUGUUGCCUUAAAAAAUCAUUGAAAUAAUUUGAUUUUUCUUACCUGGAAAAUUAUGGCUCCAAAUAUCCUGUACAAAGUGUUCGUGUAUGGAACUCUAAAAAAGGGCGAACCAAACUACCAACAGUUUUCCAAAUCCACCGAAGGCUACUUCAAAUUUCUAUACCAUGGAAAAACGAAGGAGAAGUUCCCAUUAAUAAUUGGAACUCAAUAUAACAUUCCAUUCUUAUUACAUUCUCCAGGUAAAGGACACAAUGUCAAAGGUGAAAUUUACGAAGUCGACGAAAAAGUCCUGGCAGAUUUGGACUUAUUAGAAGCCCAUCCAGACUUUUACAUAAGAGACGAAUACGAUGUCGUAAAUUUAACCAAUCAAACUACCGAAAAAGUAUGGAUAUACAUGAUAAAAACGUUUAGAAAAGAACUGCUACAGCAAACUUUCUAUGAGAGUUACAGUAACUUUGACAGUCAUGGGCUGAAAUAUGUUGCAAGGUAUUUGAAAAGCGAUACAUGUGAUCCUAAAUCGCAAAUUUUUCCUCAAAACGAAGAAAACUAAAGGUUUUUUAUUUUUCAGUGCUGACGAUUCAUCAUUGGAUGAUCUACAAUAAAUCAAUGAUUUUUGUAUUGAAUAAAGAAUUGUUUUGUACAAAUGUUUUAUAGUAGUUAUUUACCUA